UCUUCCCUAGUUUAGCCUGACGUAUUUCCGUUUGGAAGUUCAGCGUGCGUUAAGCUAAAACAGCAAAACAGUUUACAGUGUAUGAGUGUGUGUGAUGUACUUUUAGGACAAAUGCACAGUUUUUCGUGUCUACGGCAGGAUGCUCGUGUCCGCUAAGUGUCCGAACCGGAGACUUGUGCGCUGCAAUUCAAGCUAACGCCUCAUCUGUAGCUGGAGUUAGCAGUCGGCUAACUCAACCUGCUGUUUCUGUCACAACAAGAGCGUUUGAGAAGCGAAGACACCAUGGCCAAUCUGGAGCAGUGGGUGAGCGACCGUCUCCACGACAUCCUCGGGCUGAGUGACAGAUACGUGUCUCAGUUCAUGAUCGGCACUGCUCGGAAAGCAUCGAGUCCCGAAGACUUUGUGGCUCGUCUCGAGCAGACGGGCACGAUUGACAUCGACCAGAGUGUGGCCGCCUUCGCAAAGGAACUCUUUGAAAAGGUUCCUCAUAAACAGGUCGUUGAGAAACCGUCCCGAGCGGUGGAACGGCAAGCGAUCGAAAUGGAGAGGAAGAACCGGACGUACACGUUACUGGAGGACAGCGACGAUGCCGAUGAAGAUGCUGCGCGGGAGAAACAGAAAGGAAAAAAGAAAAGCAAAGACAAGGAACGCGGGAACAAGAGGAAGCACAUCAGACAGAAGAAAGGCAGCGAGUCGUCCAGCGAGGAGGAAGCACCUAAAAGGGAUAAGUCAAUUCAAGAGGACCACAAGACAGUAAAGAGAGAAGAGGAGGAAGAGGAAGAGUGGGAGAAGGAAGAGAGAGAGCGACUGCAAGACAUCGAGGAGAGGGAUGCGUUUGCCCUGCGAGUGAGGGAGAAAGACAAGGAGAAGACGCGCAACAUAGCCGAGAGGACGGACAAGAAGGCUUAUGAGGAAGCUCAGAAGAGGCUGAAGAUGGCUGAAGAUGAUCAGAAGAAUAUGUUGCCGGAGUUGAGGAAGCGCUCUCGAUGGGAAUAUCUGAAGAAGAGAGAGUCGGAGAAGCUGGAGGACCUGGAGGCAGAGAUCGUGGAUGACGAGUACCUCUUCUCCACUGAGGAGCUGACAGAGAGGGAGAGGAAGGAGCUGGAAUACAAACGCACCAUUCGGGAUCUAGCUAAAGAUUACAAAAAGGCCGGUGCCAAGGAGCAGGAGGAGAGAAAGAACAGAUACUACAUGCCGGAAGAGAAUAGAAGAAAGGAGGUGCCACAGAGGGACCUGGAGCUGGAGGAAACCCCCAUGGAGCUGGGAGGAGAGCAGGGUCGCUGGGAGGAGGAGAGGCUGAAGACGGCCUCCCUCAGCUUUGGGGCCAAGAAGGAGCGAGAGCAAGGAAUGAAGCAGGAGCAGGAGAAGUACCAGCUGAUCCUGGAGGAGGACGAGAUGAUCGACUUUGUCACCACCGCCAUUACCAUGAAGGGAACUCGGUCUGAAAAGGAUCAGGAUGCUCCGGCUCUGUCGCAGGCUGAGCUGAAAAAACAGUCAAUGCAGGAAGUCCGACGCAGCCUUCCCAUCUUUCCCUACAGAGACGACCUGCUGGCCGCCAUCCACGAGCACCAGAUCCUCGUCAUCGAAGGAGAGACGGGCUCGGGGAAAACCACCCAGAUCCCUCAGUACCUCCUGGAAGACGGCUACACCAAAGGAGGCAUGAAGAUUGGAUGUACGCAGCCUCGCAGAGUGGCAGCCAUGUCAGUGGCAGCCAGAGUAGCAGAGGAAAUGGGUGUGAAGCUUGGUAAUGAGGUGGGUUACAGCAUUCGUUUUGAGGACUGCACAUCAGAGAGAACCGUGCUCAAAUACAUGACAGACGGCAUGCUGCUCCGAGAGUUCCUCACCGAACCGGACCUGGCCAGCUACAGUGUGAUCAUCAUAGACGAAGCCCACGAGCGAACGCUCCACACCGACAUCCUGUUCGGUCUGAUUAAAGACAUCGCAAGAUUCAGAUCGGACCUGAAGGUGCUGGUGGCGAGCGCCACUCUGGACACCGAGCGCUUCUCCUGCUUCUUCGAUGACGCGCCUGUUUUCAGGAUCCCUGGCAGGAGGUUCCCCGUCGAUAUUUUCUACACGAAAGCUCCAGAGGCAGACUACCUGGAAGCGUGUGUGGUGUCGGUGUUGCAGAUCCACGUCACUCAGCCUACCGGAGACAUUCUGGUCUUCCUCACUGGACAGGAGGAGAUCGAAGCGUGUUGCGAGCUGCUGCAGGAGAGAUGCAGGCGGCUUGGUUCUAAGAUAGCAGAGCUGCUCGUCCUCCCCAUCUACGCCAACCUGCCGUCUGACAUGCAGGCAAAGAUCUUUAAUCCUACUCCGCCUGGAGCGCGUAAGGUGGUGGUGGCCACCAAUAUAGCAGAGACUUCAUUGACCAUAGAUGGCAUCAUCUACGUCAUUGACCCUGGCUUCUGCAAACAGAAGAGCUACAACGCCCGCACAGGCAUGGAGUCACUCAUUGUUACACCUUGCUCACGGGCUUCAGCCAAUCAGAGAGCAGGCCGAGCAGGCAGAGUGGCUGCUGGGAAAUGUUUCAGGCUUUACACAGCCUGGGCCUAUAAACAUGAGAUGGAGGAAACAACUGUGCCUGAGAUUCAGAGGACCAACUUGGGAAAUGUAGUCCUGCUGCUAAAGAGUCUAGGUAUUAAUGACCUCAUUCACUUCGACUUCAUGGACCCACCUCCUCAUGAGACUCUAGUCUUGGCUCUGGAGCAGCUCUACGCCCUGGGAGCCCUCAACCACAUGGGAGAGCUCACAAAGCUGGGUCGCAGAAUGGCUGAGUUACCUGUGGAUCCCAUGCUGAGUAAGAUGAUCCUGGCCUCAGAGCAGUACAAAUGUUCGGAGGAAGUGUUGACGAUCGCGGCCAUGCUGUCUGUAAACAACUCUAUCUUCUACCGUCCCAAAGACAAGGUGGUGCACGCCGACAACGCCAGAAUGAACUUUGUGGUGCCCGGAGGAGACCACCUGGUGCUGCUGAACGUCUACAACCAGGCGGUGACUGCAGGAUAUUUCUAUCACACGGCCAGACUGAGCAAAGGAGGCUACAAGACUGUGAAGCACCAGCAGACUGUUUACGUGCACCCCAACAGCUCUCUGUUUGAGGAGCAGCCCCGCUGGCUCAUCUACCAUGAGCUGGUCUUCACCACCAAGGAGUUCAUGAGACAGGUGAUCGAGAUAGAGAGCGGCUGGCUGCUUGAAGUGGCCCCUCACUACUACAAGAGCAAAGAGCUGGAGGACAGCAGCAGCAAGAAGAUGCCCCGUAAGCAGGGCAAAACAAAAGAGGAGCUGGGCUGAAGUGAAGGUCAAGGCCGUCCACGGCACAUACCAUGAAAAAAAAGUGCUUCUCACUCAGGACAGGGUGACAGGACGAGGCGCACGAGUCUGAGUGAAAAUGGAAAACGUACCAUGUUUCUAAGCUGUAACUUGUUUUUUGACAGCGAUCGAAAUUUGACCCGCAUUAUUCAAAUCACACCAGUAUUUUCAAACAAGUUUCUAUUUUCAAAACGGAAAGAGAGAAAGGUCGAGUGAGAAGUGGGCCACGCACAGACUCUGGUUUAAUCAUCAACCAGCCGGCAGGGCUGGGUCUCCAAAAAGGAAAAACGAACACGCUUGGAUCUGUGUUUCCCGCUCUGAUGGCAGCAGUGCGGACUCACCAGCUGGUUUGUGAAUCGGCACGAGACUGUUGUGCUUUGACCGCUCGCUUAUUCGCUCUGUGUCAAACUGUCACAGCUGGCACCCGAUUAAAGCACGCUCACGUGU